UAUUAUUUCAACACCCCUUGUAAAAUUACCACUCGACUUGUGUGUAAUUUGUGUUGUUUUCGUUGCAUCUUUUACAGUGAUGAUAGGCCAGAACUUGGACGACAGUAAUAAAAACUUUAAUCCAAAUAAGCUGCCGUUAGACGGCCUAAAGCUAACGCUAAUUGCCAACGAUGGCGUUAGACGACAGUUGCCUGCACUUGAUGUUCAUUGGCUGACACGUGAUAAGACUUUUCAUAGUUAUAUCUGCAUGCUAAGCUCCUAUGGGCGCACAAAAUCGGGCGCCGCAUUAGACGAGUGGCAACACAUUGCCGCUAGCUGUUUGCAAGACUUUGAGUUCCUCCUUCAACUAAAACAUCACGAAUUCUGGUCGUAUAUGGUGUAUGAUGAAUCGGCCAUGGCAUCCGUUGUUACAUUUCUUCAGCGCGCCAAUCCCUACUACCGAAAGGACAUGGACAGCAAUGCAGCAGAGGGAAACGAUGUGGCACUGAUCAAUGCAAAGGCGCUUUAUGCUCAGCUGCUCAAUCGGACUAUCCGUGUGGUUAUGCGACUGCUUACAUCAAAAGAAUCGCCCACAGAGUGGAUAACACAGCAGCAGCACAGUUCUCUAUUGUAUGACAACUAUCUGAUAUCUGUCCCACUAUUGUGCGAUUUGGUUAUUGCAGUGGGCGAUGCCGAUGAACAGAAUUUGAAAACGCUGCAAAAUAUCUUUGAUGCUGUGUUGCGUAUUCAGCCAGAUUACAAAAAAGAUUUGGAGGAAGGUUUGGCUUUCUAUGAGAAUGCCUUUCUUAGCAUGCAGAUACAGGUGGAAAAUGAGGGCUGCGAAGGUGCUGGCGGUGGCGUGCUCUUGUAUCCUGAUGCCGAAACACCCUACGACGAUGUUGUACUAUUUGCCUUAGAUUGUGCCUAUACACUACGUUUGCUCAUCCAGUUGUGCCCUGCACUGCUCGCGGCCUGUGAGCAGCUGAAAAUUGUACAAAGCAUUGCCAAUUUUUACGAUCUGACCGUCCCAAUGUUGUAUAGAAAUAUCUUUCUUAAUAACGCACACGCCAGUUCCUUGCGGUGGCUGAAUGAGGCGCGUCAACAAUUCCUGAACGUUGUGCGACGCAUAACCAGUGCGCAGUUGAAAUCUGGGCAUGGCCAGCAGCUGGUGGAGUUGCUGCAGGAAUGCCUCUCAGCACAGACCUUUGUUGUGGACUAUCAACGCCAAUAUCCGGUGCAGCAGGAUAUAGAUUUGCUGCUGGAGCUGUGCCCCGACAUCAAAAACUACAAGGUGGACUUUGUGGUUACAGGCUACCAGAAGGCGCUUAGCACCUGUACCAAUGGUAUCCUCGCUGAUGAAUUGGUUGCCAAUAUUCUUAAUUCGGAUGAUGAGGAGGAUGAUGACGGAGAAGAUUCGCUUGCCUCAGCGCUGACAGCAUCUGCAACAGUUGAAAAUGGCAUUGCUCGCGACAUUGAUUUGGAAGUGUCCGCCGUGCUAGACGUGUUGCCAGAUUUGGGAAUGGGCUUUAUUCGACGCGUACUGAAUCGUUACGAAAACAGCGAGCAGGCGAUUGCAGCUAUACUAGAUGAUAAUUUGCCGCCCGAUCUGUUGCACAUGGAUAGGCAGGAGGUAUACAUACCAGCCGAUCCGCAGGACAAAUUGCAAAGCCAAACUGGUGUACGGCAUUACAAUGUACAUGAUGGUGAUAAGUACGAUGUGCUUACUCAUGAUAAUCCGCAGUGCAUAAUUAAGCAAGGCAAGGGACUGCCUGGUGCACCGCGCAACGCAGAGCAGUUGCUGGACGACAAGCGCGAUAUUAACCAAUUGAAGCAGCGCUAUCAGCAAUAUGCUCUAGUAGAGGAAACAUCAAACGAAUGUGGUGCCGAGUACGAUGACGAGUACGACGACAGCUAUGAGGCAUUAAACGAUGGCCAAGCGCCGCCGCAAAGUUUGUUACGUACCAAAUUGCAGCAGGCAUCAGCUGCAGCUGCCAGCAGCGCUUACGAAGCGCAGGACGCUUUCGAAGACGAUCAAGAUGACGAUGAUAAUGCUAGCGACGACGGUGAUCAGAAUGUGGCGACAAACGUAACAAAACGUAUGGACUUCUGUGAGAAUCCAGAGUUAAUACGUGAACGUUAUCAGCAACGGCAGAUGGCCAAGUACGGACAGCGUGCCCAUGUCGAUGUUGUGGGCGGGCCCAAGGGAACAGGGCAGACUCAACAAACGAUGCGAAAUCGCAACCAAAAGGAAACACACAAAUCAUCACGCGCCAAUCACAAUCGCAAAGCUGGCGCUGCCUUCAAGCGCAGCAAGGGCAUGAUGUCCUAAUUCUGUCUGCCCAUUCUACAUUAACUUAUUUAACUAACGGACUUUUAACGUUCCAAUAAACUGAAAAUGAAUAAAUAUAUCAGCUGUUGCAGUUGCUGCUGAAAUUGCUUACAUUGA